AUGUUUGGUGCUGCUUCAGGAGGCACGGGCUUGUUUGGAAACAACAAUCAAGCAAAACCAGCAUUUGGGGCUCCAGCUGCCCAGCCAGCCUCAUUUUCAUUUGGUUCUUCUGCUUCGAACACUACUAAUGCAUUCGGUGCCAACAGCGCCAACAAUACCAACAAUGCUGCUGGAGCCUCUGCACUGCCAUUUUCUCUCGGCAGUUCAACAGCACCUAAGCCUGCUGGCACCACUGGAGGUUUGUUUGGGUCAUCCACCACCAACAAUACUUUUGGAUCAAACAACAACACUACAAACACAGCACCAGCGUUUGGCAACACAGCUACAGGCACCGGAACUCUAGGAAACACCAACACCUUUGGUGCUACACAAAACAAUACUGCCGGUGGCCUUUUCGGCAAGCCAGCCACAUCUGCGCCUGCUUUUGGUGCUCCGAACUCUUCACAACCUACACUGGGAGGUCUCUUCGGCAACAAACCAGCUGGACAGACCGGCGGUCUUUUUGGCAGCUCUAAUCAAUCCACACAAGCUCCUGGCACUGGUCUAUUAGGCAAUACUUCCACUAACACUCAAUCUACCGGAACUGGACUUUUUGGAGCUACCAAUACCGCAGGAAACACGCAAACGAACCAGACAGGCACUGGGCUCUUUGGACAAGGCGCACAAUCAAAUACAGGUGGUAUUUUCGGAAGCUCAGCACCAAACCCCCAGACCCAGGGCCAACAGCAAUCUGGUGCCACAGGUGGUCUAUUCGGAGGAUCAUCCAACAACCCACAACCAUCUUUCGGCUGGAGUAAUAAUCAAGGCAAUACAAAUGGACAGACAUCCACUCUUUCGACUAACCUCCAACUUAACUUGUCUGCUCCAGCUCAAGCACAAAAAAGCGUAUCAAAUUACACCCCCUCUAUCAAUGACCAAAUCAUCAAAUUGAGGGAGCAAUGGGAUCCAAACUCCACUAAGUGUGCCUUCAAAACAUAUAUCUACAACAAGUUUAGUGAACAGGAGAUAGCUCAGCUCUUGCAACAACCGCGUCCAGCCAACGAGAGUCCUGAAGAUUGGGAGAAUGCUAUGGCCAACCGACCAACUGCUCUUCAUUACCCAGUCAAGGUUUCAUCAUUUUCCGAAGUUGCUCAACGUAUUGAAGUUCAAUUGGAUCAUGUUGCUAAAUCCAGAAUUCUUCUCAACAACAUAUACGAACAACUGAAUCAACUCAGCUCCAAGCAUGACCUUGACAACACAACAAGAAUUCUCAAGGCUAAAGUAAGACAUGCAAAAUUGUCCAGGAGGCUUCUCAGAUUGGCCACUGUUUUGGCUGUUUUGAAGUUGAAAGGGUAUCCGAUGCUUCCGGAAGAAGAGGAAAUGUCAAAGCAAUUCCAAGCACUUAGCUCACGUCUCAAUGAUCCAAAUGGUCCACUGGGUAAAUUGAAUGAUUUGUACGCACGUCUCUCGAUUCUUAAGAGUCGUAGUGAGGACAUGUCUGCUUACAUGGAGUCUUCCAUACAGUCGAUCAAUGGCGGUUUGGCCAACUUUGCUGGAGCAGAGCAGGAUGUAUCUGCGGAGGUAGCAGCAGGCAAUGAACACAUAAUGAGCCAAUUGACCAAGCUUCUCUACAAGCAACAAGUUGGGUUGAGUUACCUUAACGAAGUGGUGCAGAAGGACUUGGAUAAAGUCCGCGGCGAACUAUGA